AUGAGCAAGUACUCGUUGCUGUUCCACCAAAGCAUGGCAGAUGGAGCCGACACCUCCAGCAGCAGUAGUAGCAGCAGUGGCUCAUCGGCGUCGACUAGUAACACGAAUGUCAGCAACUCGGUUACCUCGGAUUCGACUGCGUCAUCUCCGCCCACGGUGACACCAGCGCGGCGCCGUCUAAUCCACCGCCGUCGCGAUGGUAUUGGCGCAGCAGAGGCGUCAUCGUCGUCAUCGGUGGCGCCGCCUCAGCCGCCACGUCAGGAGGAGCAGGAGAACCUGAUCAGCGACCCCGUACGUCGUGGAAGUAGCAGCAGCAUCUCAGUGAGCGAAUCGAAUGCGCCGGCCACGUCUGGCAGUGAUUAUAUUGUCUCUGCGGCCUCGGCGAGCGCUUUGGAGGUGCUAUCGGCACCAGUGGCAUCGACCUCUCCGUCUCUGCAGGGCACGGCUGCCCCCGAAUCCGACGGUGACGUGGUGGUGGUGGAUGACAUAAUGCAGAGCCAGGAAGGCAGCAGCAAUGAUCGUGCGAGUGCAGUUAGUGGGGCAGCCACAGAGCACACUUUGAGGAUCGAUGGCGACUCGGCUCUCAACAAAGGUGACCCUGGCGCUCUGCCGCCUGCCGCCUCAUCCUUGUCCGUGUUCCAACACACCUCACCGCGUCUCUUUACGUGUGACAUGUGCCUGCACUACGUCUCCACCUCGUACGAGGCUCUUGAGCAGCACGCGCUCGACCAGCACAGCGAUGAGUUGGCCGACUACACACGUUUGCGCACUGUUGCAAAAAAGCUGGUGCCCGUGUGGGGUGAUGUUCUGAAGCGCAAGGCGUCCGUCGUUCAGCAGUGGGGCGAGAAGAUCUUCGCCGUUGCCGUGCAGCGCGAUGCCGGGGCCGAGAAAAUGGCCGAAGCUCACCGGGCGAGGGCGCAGUUGGAGUUGGUCGUACAGCGCUGGCACCCGCGGGCGAAGGUGUUUAUCUUUGGCAGCUCCGUCGCGUUUGGGGUGUGGGACGGUAUCUCCGACAUCGACUUCACCGUCGUUGACGUUGAGGAGUUGGAAGCGGGGACAUGGCCGCCUUCAGAGAAGAACGCGGUGCGCAGCAUCACGGAGCUGCUGCGCCGCGCCGGAUUUUCUUUCAUCAAUCUCGAGCCGAUCAGUCACGCACGAGUACCGAUAAUUAAGCAUCACGCCUCGCUGCCGAUUCGGCUAACCGAUGAACAGCGGCACCGCCUGCAUGAAGAGGCGCGGCAGUCUGCGGCGGCUGUAAAUUCGGCAGCACCAGAGCUACUUGCGUCGUCAUCGCCGUCGAGUGCGCAGCAGGAGGCGCCAGCUGAGAAGGGCCACACACAGCUCGAGGCGGAGCUCAUCAUUGCGCGCAGCGUGCGUUACUCGCUCAACUUGCCGGCCGGACCGCCAGACAGCGCCAUCCUGGAGGCGAGCAUUCGGCUGGCUGUGGGAUCGGCGGCUCUUCAGCAGGUGUGGUGGAACCGCACGCGCGAUAUGUGCUGCAUGACGUUUGACACCACGACGAGCGCCGUCAAGGCCUCGACGUGCCCGCUUCACUUCAUAUCGGCUGGCAUGCGAGCGCGAGUGCAGCCUCUGCACGAGGAGUGCCGGCCUGAGCUGUACGGCAUGGAUUUCGACCUCAGCUUCCGCGCCUUCGGCAUUCGCAACUCACACUUACUGCGGCGCUACCUGCUGAGUCACCCGUGCGCGCGACCCGGUGCUCUGGUACUAAAGGAUUGGUCGAAGACAAGCGGCGUCAAUAACUCGGUCAACGGCUAUCUGACGAGCUAUGCCAUCAACAUCAUGUGGAUCUACUAUCUUGUGCAUCGUGGCGUUAUUCCGUAUGUGUGUCCGGCGCGUGAUAUCCCGGCGUCACUACGGCACAACGUUGACCCUGAUCCACAGUACGCGGCCAUGGUGGACCCGGCAUGGACGCCGGAGGAGCGCGCCGCCAUGGAGGCACAGGCGGGUGAGUUGCUACUCGGCUUCUUCUACUACUACGCUUUCGAGUUCGACUGGGCCAACCACGUCGUGUCGCUGAACCGUCCCGGAGUGACGACGAAGGCGGCGCUUGGCUGGGAUGUCGAGGAUGUGGCCCCGGUGGGUGGCCUUGUGCCCCACUUUGGUGCCGCUGGCUCGCAGCAUCAGCACAACCUUACCGGUGCGGAGAUCCAUCAUAGCGAUAUACACGGCGGUGGGACUCCAGCUGCCUCUCCGACGAGGUCACCAGCUGGGCGCGACGGGAUGAUAGCCAGCAAUGCGAGCAUGGCAGCCCGGCGCAGCCGAGCGACGACGCGCUACUCCUUCUGCAUUGAAGACCCGUACGAGGAAAACCUCAACCUUGGCCGGCACAUGGGCGUCACCAAGACGCUGCGCGUCCAGACAGAGCUCUAUCGCGGUUUACUAUCGUUGCUGAAAGAUGAUCUGCAACACUGUUGUGUGUUCGCGGCUAGCGCUAACACUUCUGGCAACAGCGGCAACGCCGACAACAGCGGUGUUACAGUUAGUGGUGCCCCUGCGACUGCAGCGGCGACAGCAACCAAUGCCUCUGGGGAACCCAUGGAGCUGCCGGUGCGCGUGCUGUACAAACUCAUGGCACUCUCAACCCGCGAGCUCGCCAUGGCACGCAGGCGACACUCAGCCGCGGUCACUACCGGCGUCGAGUUCCCCGGUGUUCCGCUCAGCGACCUCAAGGACGCCUUUCUGGCGCAGGCGCCGACUGAGUGGAAGCUCGCGAGCCAGGUGUGGAACAGGGAUCAGUUGCUUCACCGACUCGGGCUGAAGCUGCACGCCAGAGAGUACGUGCUGCCUCGGCGAGAGGUUGGCGUGCGGCGCUUGGCGGCAAAGGCACCACCGGGAGUGGUACUGGCAAGCACACCGGAGCCAACCUUCACCGCCUCCACCGCGGAGGGCAGGCAAGCUUCGUCUUCACCCGAGCACGCCCCUAGCUCUAGUGCAGAGGUGAAAGAGAUGAAUCGGGCGUUUCUCGGAGCCGUACCCACGCGUCGCCUACCAGAGGACCUGCUACUGGCCAUGACGAGAGGGUACUCCUGUCUGACCCCCAGCUGGGUUGCAUGGACGAAGCCGUGGGCGGCCUUGUCGGCGUGGUGGACCGACCGCCUACGCAGCCCAAGCACGGCGCCAGAGAGCGAAGACUCACUGGUAUCAGGCGAACCCGCACACGAAGGCGUCGACCCCUCUUUGCCUCCUGGUGCACCGCCCCACGUCUCUGCGGUGCCAGGGCAAGCAGCAGGGCCGAUACAUCAGACGCGAACUCAACUGCGGCAGCACGUAGUGGCUGAGGCAGCUAGCGUCGCGACUGGUCGACGAGCGCUGCGUAUGCUAUUUCACCGAUAG